AUCGACAUAAUUAUUAUUACACGAGUUCUGAACAUUUUAACAUUCUAGAAGUUUUUUUCCGGCGAAUUUUAUGAGUGAAUUACUUAAUUAUUAUAUUAAUUGUUUAUAAAGAAUCUUAAUAAAUUAACCAAUCAUGCCUCAAGGUCGACGAAAAAUGCCCUUUAGUGGAAAAGCAAAGAAACAACAGAUGCAGAAUAAAAAAUUAAAACAACAGGCAGCAGCUAGUCGUGGUGAUAAUGAUGAUAGCACCUACAGCAAUAAGUUGAGGAUUCGAAAAUUAAAUAAACAACCAACAGAUAAAGCUGGUGUUAAUAGGUAUAAUUUACAUUUCUUGACGGAAACCAGAGAGGAAUUGGAGCAACGUAAAUGGCAAGCAAGGCAAAUUAUCAAACCAGUACCGUUAAUUGAACAAGAAAUUUCGGAUAAUUUUUUUCCUCCUGGAUUAGAUAUGCCUAAAAGACCACCAUGGGAUUUUUCAAUGAGUAAAAAUGAGUUGGAGGCAAGAGAACACGCAUAUUUUGAGGAUUACAUGAAAAAAAUUCAAUCACUUGGUAACGUGGGCUACUGUGAGUUGAAUUUAGAAACAUGGCGUCAACUAUGGCGAGUAAUAGAGAUGUCAGAUGUCUUAUUAACAAUAAUCGACAUCAGAUACCCACCCCUAAUGUUUCCACCAUACCUCUAUGACUACAUCACCCGUGAGACAGGAAAAAAGAUGAUUUUGGUAUUCAAUAAAAUAGACUUGGCACCACCAUCACUGGUCAUAGCAUGGCGAGAAUACUUUAAGACUCAAUAUCCCCAGCUGCACAUUCUUUUCUUCACUUCAUUCCCCGACUACAAUUUGAGAAAGAAAAAUAAAAAUGAAUCAGAGUUGAAGGAAUUUAGACGAAAGGGGAAGCUGAAGAUGGCAGCGGAAGGUGCACAAAAGCUAUUGGAGGUGUGUGAGGAGAUUGUGAAGGAUAAAGUUGAUUUGAGUGAAUGGAGAAAGAAGAUUCAGGAAGAAAUAAACUCGGAAUAUGAUUUAGAUGAUCUAGAUCGUGUUAAGAAUGUGACAGUUGAGAAUAAAGACACAGGAUUUUUUAAACAUGAAAAGUUUAAGAAUGGAAUAUUAACAAUUGGUUGCAUUGGGUAUCCAAAUGUUGGUAAAUCAUCAUUCAUGAAUGCCAUCAUUGGUAAUAAAGUUGUCAGUGUCUCUCGUACUCCAGGUCACACUAAGCAUUUCCAGACUAUUUUUCUAACUAAAACAGUCUGUGUCUGUGACUGUCCAGGUCUAGUCUUCCCUUCUACUGUUCCCAAACAGCUACAGAUAUUAAUGGGUUCAUUUCCAGUGGCUCAAGUUAGAGAACCCUACACUGCAGUUUUGUAUAUUGCAGAGAGGAUAGAUCUGCCGCGAAUUUUGAGGAUUCAACAUCCAGAAGAUGAUGACACUUGGUCAGCUAUUGAUAUUUGUGAUGGGUGGGCCGUAAAACGGAAUUAUAAGACGUCUAGAACUGGAAGAUUGGAUACCUAUCGUGCUGCUAAUUCACUUUUGAGGAUGGCUGUUGAAGGAAGGAUAUGCUUGUGUAUUUAUCCAGUUGGGUGGUCAUCAAACAAAGAAAAAUGGGAAAAACAUCCAGAUAUUGGACUUAUAACCUGGAUCCAAGCUCGCAGUAAAGAACUAAAUGAUUUACACGGUGAAGAUCAUUUAUAUUCAGAUGACGAAACAGGUACUAAAGAUACUCCAGAAGAUUCAGAAGGCGAGGAAGGUUCUAAUGCGGAAGACUCUGAUGAUGAAAGUGAUAAUGACGAAUUAAUGUCUGUGAGCAACAAAUUUAACGUACUGGCUGCUGAUUAAAAAAUAUUAAUUCUAAUCAAUUUGAAAAAAAAACAAAAAUUUUAAAGAAAUACAAAUGUCUAUUAAACUUAGUGCUUUUUAAAAUAAUUAUAAUGAAAACUAACGUCAAAAUAAAAUCUUGGAGUUAAGUGAUUUGUUUGUGUGAGUUGAUUACAAAUAAUUAUAUUAAUUAUUAUACAGAUUCUUUAUCACUUAAAUUUAUCUUAAAAAUAUUUUUUUGUCUAUUUAUUGCAAGAUAUCUAUU